AUGGAGAAUGACCCAGGCAUGGACUCGUUGACGGAGGACGACCUGAUAGACGAUGCGGAGAUUGACACCAUGGUGCGCGAGGUCAUCACUGGCGCGAUCGGCGACAGCGCGUUCCUGCUCGCCAAAAUCGACGCGUGGAGUAGCAACAUCGCAGAGGGGUGCCUGAAGCGGCUAGCAGCUCUCAGCAAGCCCUUCAAGUACGUCAUCACGUGCAACCUGUCGCAAAAGGCGGGCGCGGGGCUGCACGCGGCGAGCUGCACGCGGUGGUGCGACAAGACCGACGGCAAGCUGACUGUGCAGUGGUGA